CUUAGACUCUUAUCGGGACUAAGCAUCUUAUCAACCCAGUUUCUCUGCUGGCUGCCCCUCAUCUUGGCUUUUUAAAAACCCUGCCCGUAUACAUACCUACUACUACGAGGUGUAAUCAACCCCUCUCCCCCGCACACCCAACCCUGGCUGCCGCCAAGUUGUGGCCAUUCGCAUCAACCACCAGAGAACUUGAGUUGCUCUCUCGAAUCCCUCCCUUUGCCUGCAACCCACCAUGCGGGACUCUUCUUCUCCCUCUCCGGGGGAGACCAGCUCGGUCCACGACACCCUUGAUCGCAAAUGGACCCCCAAGUUUCUGGUCCAGCAGGCCGAAAAGUCGCACCGUCGACUACCUGGGAUCCGAAAGAUUCCCCUUUCUGCCAUCGGGAUUAUCCUCUUCAUCGCCUUCUUGAAUGUGGUCGUGUGGAUUGCCGCGGCGAUUGUCUUGAGAUAUCACCCAUCUCUGGUGUCCAACGCCGUCCUUUCCUACACCCUGGGAAUGAGACACGCCUUUGACGCCGACCAUAUCUCGGCCAUCGACCUCAUGACCCGGAGAUUGCUAGCGACCGGCCAAAAGCCCGUCACCGUGGGGACAUUCUUCUCCCUCGGCCACUCCACCAUCGUGAUCAUCACCUCGAUCGUGGUCGCAGCCACCGCGGCCGCCAUCUCCUCGCGCUUCGACAGCUUCAGCACCAUUGGCGGGAUCAUCGGCACCUCUGUCAGCGCCGCCUUCUUGAUCCUGUUGGGCGUGAUGAACGCCUACAUCCUCUACAAGUUGUACCGGCAGAUGCAAAAGGUGUUGGACUUGCCCGAAGGCCAAGAGGAUGAAAUGUGGAAGAUCGAGGGCGGCGGGGUUUUGUUCAAGGUGCUGAAGCGCAUGUUCAAGUUGAUUGACCGGCCAUGGAAGAUGUAUCCCCUCGGGAUUUUAUUUGGUCUCGGCUUCGACACCUCCUCGGAGAUCGCCUUGCUAGGAAUUUCCUCGGUAGAGGCGGCCAAGGGGACGAACUUUUGGGUGAUUUUGAUUUUCCCCGCACUGUUUACUGCCGGAAUGUGUCUCCUCGACACCACCGACGGCGCCCUCAUGCUCUCACUCUACGUCCAGCCGUCAGCCAACUUCCUCCCGCCCAAGAGCGACCCCGACCCCGCCUCCGAUGAGAAUGAAUCCUCCCACGAGGGCGAUGGGGAAGUCACCGCCGCCAAGAACCACCGCGACCCCAUCGCCUUUUUGUACUACUCCAUCGUCCUCACCUCCCUCACGGUGAUCGUGGCCAUCGUCAUCGGCAUCAUCCAGGUGCUGACGCUGGUGCUGAACGUGGCCCACCCCACGGGCAAGUUCUGGGAUGGCGUGCAGGUGGCCGGCGACUACUACGAUGCCAUCGGCGGCGGCAUCUCAUCAACCUCGACCGAAGGCGACGACCCCGACCCGAGUCGCCUCGACCGCCUCGACUUCUCCGCAUGUCCGCCCAUCUACGUCCUUCAAACGCACCUGAGCAUCGAGGCCCUCCACGAGAUUGAGGAAGAGCUGGUCCACCGCAACGCGCGUCUGACCUACGACAUCGACGAAGCCCGUCUCAUCCUCGGCAAGAUCAGCCAGCCGAAACGCGCCGCACUGGACCUGCGCACCCUCGGCCUGUGGACCGAAGCCAUCCCCGAAAGACCAGAGGGACCGCCUGUCAAGCGCCGCCGGGGCAAUGGCCCUGGCGCCGAGGUCAUCGACCUCAGCACGGAGACGGAAGACGAAGCCGACGGGAUGAGCGUGCACGCCUCCGCCAGACAUGUCGCCCAGCCACAGACAACCAAUGAGACCGACAGCGACAGCGACGGCGCCAGCACCAACAUCCGAGUCAUCAAACUCGACUGGCUGCACCAAUGCAUCCGCACCAACACCCUCCUGCCCCCGGGGGCAUACACCAUCUACCACGCCCGCCGAAUCGCGCGUCCCAGCGCGACCCAAACCCCACUCCCGAAGCCCCAGCCCAAUACGACAAUCCUGCAACGCGCCAAAGCAGACGCCUCGAUGCAACCGCCCCGGGCGUCGUACCAGCCGCAGCACCGCCAGCAUCCUCGCACCCACGCCGCCGCAUCCCAAACCACAAUCAUUCCAACCUUGCACCGCACGACCACCUCCGAAGCCGAAGAAACCGCCUCCCUGCCUCCCCCGCCGGACUGGGUCACCUCACCGACGCACAAGGGCCACACCUACGCCUGCCUGCGCUCCACGCCGCUCCACCCACCCAACGAGCCGUUCAUCGCGGAACUGCUGCAGAUCCGACAUAUCCGCGAACUCACGCUGGAUGAAAUCGGCGUGCGCGCGUACAGCACCGCCAUUGCGGCCAUCGCCGCGUAUCCCGAGCCGCUGCACCGGCCGGCGGAGGUCCUGCGGUUACCAGGGUGUGAUGCGAAGAUCGCCAACCUGUUCUACGAGUUUCAGCUGGCCGAGGCACGAGCCUCGGAAGGAGAAGACAGCCCACGCCCAUCCCAAGCUCAGCCCGACCCCGCCGAAAGCAGCAGCAGCACUACCCCUCCCCCACCAAAAAAGGGAAUCCUCACAGCAACCCACCCCCUCACCACCGACCCCACCCUGCGCACCCUCGACACCUUCUACAACAUCUGGGGCGUCGGCGCCAAAACCGCCCAGGACUUCUACUACCGACGGGGCUGGCGCUCCCUCGACGACGUGGUCGAGUACGGCUGGCACAGUCUGACGCGCGUGCAGCAGAUCGGGGUGAAGUACUACGAGGAGUUCCAAGAACGCAUUCUGCGGGCAGAGGUGGAGGCGAUUGCCGGGGUGGUGCUACGGCAUGCGAAUCGGGUUGUUGUCGCCGCUGCUGCUGCUGCUGCUGCUGCCACCGCCGUUCCACAACAAGCCCAACAAGGCCAAGCAGCCCAGCAGGGGGAGGGGGAAGGGGGAGGAUCAUCAGUGGGGGCAGAAUCGGCGACCGACGACGACGACGACGCUACCGGACCAGACUCGCCGUCUACACACCAAGCGGUCGCCGGCGGGGUGGAAUGUAUCAUCACCGGCUCGCACCGACGCGGCAAGGCCUCCUCCGGGGACGUGGACCUGAUCCUCACGCACCGGGACGAGUCCGCCACCAAGAACCUCAUCACGGAGGUGCUGCGCAGUCUGGAGACGGAGGGGUGGAUCACGCAUACGCUGGUGUUGCAUGCGGGCCAUUCGGCGCGGGACCAGCAGACGGCGCCGUACAAGGCGGAUGCGGGCGAGAGCGCGGUGCAGCGCAAGAUGUUUGAUUCGUUGGAUAAGGGGUUGGUGGUGUGGCAGGAUCCCCCGCCGCCUCCUUCUCGUGCUUCACCUGCAGGGGAGACGCGCAACACCAACCCCCACCGGCGGGUCGAUAUUAUCAUCUCCCCCUGGCGGACGGUGGGGUGUGCCGUGCUUGGGUGGUCUGGCGACAAGACCUUCGAGCGGGAUUUGCGGCGGUUUGCCAAGAAGGAGCGCGGAUGGAAGUUUGAUUCCAGCGGUGUGCGCGAGCGCACGAGUGGUGGGCACGUGGUCGAUUUGGAGGCGGCCGGAGAAACGUGGCAGGACAGGGAGAGAUUGGUGAUGGAGGGGUUGGGGAUUGGAUGGCGGCCGCCCGAGGAGAGGUGUACUCGAUAGUAGGUAUGUACACCUUGCCAAAGGAGAGGAAAAGUGAGGUAGAUACGGGCGGGAUAACUAUGAUGAUACUACACUUCACUCCUAACCUAUUUCACAUUGUCUCAUCAUAAGAGCUUAAGUACACAAAACAACAGGAACACAAGU